UAGUCUAAACUUGUGUUGGAAAAAAAUGACAUCACAAUGCCCACGUGUUUUCAGCGCGUGAUAAUCAUGUGAAGGUUGCCAGGCAACGCUUUACUGACCACGUGUACAGGCGUGCUUCUUGCUGUAUUUCAGUCUCCUUUCUGUCAGGCUACUUUCUGUCUUGAAAAGUCAUCAUGGACUGCCUCUGUUGUGGAAGUGUUGUCCUUCCUGGUAGUAGGACAUUUUUAAGAAAGAAGUAUGACGAAAGAAAAGAAAUAAUGACUGCUCUGGAGACCAAAUAUGCCAUAUCUCACAGUGGCCUUGAAGACCUAGAAAAAAUGUUGAUAAAUGGAGUUGUCUGCAGAGGAAAGUGUUCAGGAUUGCUGGCUAAAUAUGUGACAUUGAAGAAAGAUUAUUUUUUCACUGAAAGGAAAAUUAUUGACAUUUUUGGAGAUCUUGUGGUUAAAAAUGGAUUUGGAUCAGUUAUUGGUGAUGGUAUUGCAGAUGAUGCCACUCAUAGUUUUGUUACUAGUCAUGGCACUCCUAGUAGGAGUACCACUGCAUCUCCCGCUCGCAUUGCACGGAAGCAGUUGCAAUACACACCUAAAGAACAAAGUACCAAGACUGUAGGAGUAUUGACUAUUCAUAAAGGCAAGCGUCGAUUUUCUUGUUUGCCGCCUUCUCUGAGAGGUGUUGGCCAAUCUGUUGGAAGAAAGAGUAGAAUAGCUAUCGUUAAUAAAGUACUGAAAGAUAAUAGAAUGAAGGCAAUGACAAUCAGGAAAGUUGGUCAGUUGAUACGAAAGGAUCUUAAACUAUUAUGUAAACAGAAUUCAUCCUUUUGUGAUAAAAGAAUAAGUGAAAUUGAGCAAUUUGAUUGGGCUAGAGUUACUUCAUGUGUGAGGAAUACCGCUCCACUCCUUUUUACUAUUCUUGACGAAGCACUGAAUGAAUCUGGAUUAGAGAAAGAGAUAGCUAUAGAUAUGUGCACUUCUAUAAUGUUGAAGACUCAUAGUGAGAGGGCAAGUUUAGUACAACGUUUGAUUUCAGUAUUGCUUUUUAGCAGUCAUGCCCCUAAGCAGUUGUUUCAACGAUUACACAAGAUCGGAAUUUGUGUGUCUCACAAAAGCACUAUUCGGUUAAUAGAUGAAAUGUCUGAAGAUUUUGAUGGUCCUGUAAAGGAAUGGCGUAGCAAAGUAUCAGAUUACCUAUGGCCUGAGAGUGUAGUGAACAGUUUUGACACUAAUAUUGCCAGCAAUGAUGAAGCAGUGCCUGAGGAUACUGAGGUACAUGUACAUGCAUCUAAUAUCUCCAUCACCCCUGUAGAUGUUGAUGACACCUCACGACCAUCCCUCUCUCAACAACCUUUCGAAAGCACAUCUGUGCCACUGUCACCAGUAUUAAGCACAACUAACAAUUCUCUGAAUACUGUUUCGUGUUACUCUGAAGAGCCACAGACAUCCAAUAUUACCAUCACUGCUGACCUAUCUAUUGAUUUUGAAGGCCAACCUGUACUACUGUCUUCACCUCAUUGCUCUGAUAACUCCUCUUCAACUGCUUCUGUUGCUCACGCUUCCUCUUAUACUAUAUCCCCACCAAGCUACUCUGAAAAAUCAUCUUCAGACACCUGUACCUCAGAAGAGAACAUGGAAUGUAAUACUCCUCGGCCAUGUCACCGCUCUUUCAAACUUGUUGGAGACAAUUUGGAUAAAUAUGUCAAGCCGCGCCAUGAAACCAUGGAAAGGCAUUCAUCUUCACUACAUUACUUUCAUUCUUUUGCCGUCUUAGAUCGAUGCGAUACAUCACAUCUUGCUGACAAUCCCUCUCUUUGUGAUGCUAGUACUACAUGUACAUCCCUCUCCAAAUCUAUUCUGCCUACUGAAAGUGAUCGUAGCAGCCUGCUGGAUAACUAUGCUAUACUGUUUGCUCGAGUAAUACAGAGACAUAUACCAUUUUUCAAGAAAAAUUGCCCUAAAGUCGUUCGACAUAUUGACCAUUCCUAUACAUCUGAAAUGUCAACAAAAUCAGUUGUGGUUAGUUAGAUUGUUUAUAGCAUUGUUUAAAUUCUUUUAACAGGUUCCUUUAGGAGUAUUAUUUAAAAAUGAAGUCUCACAUGAAGACAUGAUUGCCAUAAUGACACAUCUACAGCAAUAUGUUCCAUCACAUACCACAGAAGACCAACUGCUCAAUCCAUUGACAAAUGAACAUUU